GUCCUAUUAUAUUAUCAUCUAUAUCAAUGGGAUUAACGAUGGGAACAUGUGUUGUGGUCAUUUACCCAUCUCUGUUGUGGUACCGAUCUGAACAAGUAACAGACAUUAAUGCCUUUUCUGUAGUAUUACAAAGAAAUAUAUAUAUUCUUUUAAAAUUAUUUAUAUAAUAUAUAUUAUAUAAAUUUAACAAUUUAAAUCAAGUUAAAUAAUCGUUUCACAUCCGUAGUUGUCACAUUUGUAACUGUACAAAAACAACGAAAAGCAAAUUUAGCAUUUUACGUUAGACGCAGAUGUCUCUGUUAAAUUUUUUUUUGUCAAUCUCAUCUAUUACAAUUUGUGUUAAAGCACAUAUUUUAUCGCUUUCAGUAAGCAAUUAUCUCAAUAAUCUACCAGCAAUUAUAUAGUUAUCUUCACCAACGUUUCGUUGAAUUUAAUAAUCUCCUAUAAACAAAUUAAAUAACUACAUUUUUCAGUUGUCCAAUGAGACGGUUUGUCUUGAUUGUCAGCAGAACGGUUCCCAUUUCCUGGAACACAUCUUGGUUCGUCACAUAGCGUCUCUUUUACAAAAGGCUCGUAAAUUUUACACAAUUAGAAGCCUAAGCUAUAGAGUGUCGGAUUUAUGAUAAGGUUUACAAUACUAUUUGAUAAUAUUCAUAGUUAUAUUUUAAUUGCAUAUUAAACUUGCAAUUGUGAAAAAAAAAAUGUAAAUGAAUUCUCAAUGUUUUUUUGUUUUUUUUUAUAUUUCAUUUUAAAUUUAAAGACUUGACAUUAUUGUUACCUUACACGUUGAUGUGUAUGUUUUGUAAUUAGACAAGUAAUACGAGCUGCAAAGGCCUUUUCCGAGACAUAGAAGAACAUCGAUGCUCUGAAUGAAUUUCAGUUUUGAACAUGUUUCACGGCUCUACUCUUAGACUCGUAUUUAUUCAAAAACAACAUACAUUCGUUUUCAGAAAUCAUUUACUGUAAAAUGCUAUCCAAUUUCUUUCAUUUUGAAAUUGGUAUAAUCGUAUGAUGAUAAUGCAAUUAGGCUAUGUCCACCUGGCAGCCCAAUCUAUCCUUGCCUUUAUUGGCAGUUUAUUUGAAACGAGACAUGCAUUUUGAAUUGAACGAUUUAAUUAUAUAUCCAUAUAUAUGUUUGUUUUAUUUAUAUUUAUAUAUAUAUAUGUAUUUAUAUAUAUAAGGAAUAGAUGGAAACGUGUUAUUAUAUAUUUAUCUGUAGUGACAUGGGACUACAACACUGUUUGGCUUAGCCUACAUGGAUUAUGAAAACAGCACCUGUGUUGGUGAAAUGAAUAUUGUAAAUAUUUAAAAUACAAAAAAAAACAAAAAAAAAACAACAAACAAACAAAAACGCUCAUGUCAAUUUUAAUAAAUAAAAUCAAAUUAUCCUAAGCUAAGUUUAACAAAUAUUUUGGUUUAAUGUUUAAGAACAUCUAAAGAAAAUAAAAACAACUGCUGAUACUGUAGGAUGUGUUGAUGACUAAUUCACACUUGUGAAUUCCCAUGAAUCGCUUAGUUAAGAAACUUUACUGUACGUUACGCCCCUAGCUAACAGUGUGAUCGUCCUGACUAAUUUGAUCGUAAUUAAGGACAGGAAAUGAGAACUUUAAAAAAAAAAGUUAAAUAUUUCAGAUGAAAGACAAUCAAGACAAGCGCCAAAGUAAGUGACUUUAAGCAUAGAAUUCUUUCAAGUAAAAAUGCAGGCGCUUCUCGUCAUCUAUGUAUCUACCGGAAUCCGGAAAUGUUUUUAAAAUAAAUACAUUUUACGGACUUUUUUUUCGAUGGGAAUUUAUAAACCCAAAGAACUUUGUUCGAAAGUUAAAUUGUUAGACGGAUGUUAGGAAUGGGGAAAAUGUAAACAUUUACAAAAUAAAAAUUGUUGAAUCCUCCCGACCCCCCUCUAUAAUUUCAUUUUGAAAAAAAAAACUUCUGGUACAACAAAGAUACAACAUUUCUUUUUUUAGAGUAACAAUAUAUGUUUUUCUAUAACAUUUCCGGCAGCGCUAUCCACCAGAGAUAGUAAAACAUUCUUUUUCUCUGUCAAAUAGAAAGAAGCUCUUGAAAAAUCUUAAAAACAAAUAAAUAAUAGUAUCACUUUGACCAUUUUGUUAGUUUUAAUGGAAACAAAAACAUGAUUUUUUUUUUAAAAUUUAAUUGCAAAAAGUCGUUUAACUUUAUCACAGGCGAAUAUACUGCACCACGUCACCACUUUAGUCCAGUGACGAUGCACAAGUUUGUCCUGCCGCCUUCAAAAAUCAUUGACACUCACGGUGAGUCUUGUUCAACAAACUAUCUGCUUAAGUUCCCCCAUAGACAGCGACGAGGCCAUGACAGGCAAUUCAGGCUCAUACCAGCAAGAAGCCAGUAUAGGAGCUGCUCAUUCCUGCCCAAGACAAUCAGGGACUGGAACAAUCUUUCAAAAGGAACGGUUGAGGCGACAACACUAAUUCAAACCCCUAGUGCAUGAUUUCCUCAUCAACACCAGUAACAGAAACAUUGCAAAUCCCAUCUACAUGCAUAGGAGCCAAAAUGAUCAAUAAAUUGAUCGUGGGCCCUUAAGAUAUAGAAGAAGAAGAAGAAGAAGUGUACUCUUUGGUAAAAAAAAAAAAUAAUGUCCAAAAGAGUAAAGAACAAAUAAUCUUAAUCAUACAUAUGCUACCACCACAUUCCUGUGUGCCCUGAAUAUGCUCUUUGUGUCAUUUCUCGACUACCUUCAUACUGCAUGUGUUCUCAUAAAUGUCUUCCGUACCGUUAUACGUUUUUUUAAAGUUAAUCUCUUUAAACCUUCCAUCGGGUGCGCUUGAUCAGAUUGAUACAUGUCGACCGUUUUUUUUUGUUGUUUCGCACAUGUUUAAUGAGAGAUGACAGAGAGCUCUACUUAUCAAUUGAAAACUGUUUUCAUUUUUUUUUAUUUGCUGCCUUUUUUAAUGUGUAGAGAACGCCUUCAGAGUCUAGGUUUUGUCCGUUUUGUUCAAAUUGAUACAUCGCCCCUUUGCAGGCUACUUUUUAAAAUUGGACGAUUGUAAGAUUGUAUUUUUCUAGUAAGAAAAUUUUUCAUAUUAAUAUACAUACUGUUAAAUUAUCUUAUAAUUAAAUAGUAAAAAUCAUACUGAUAUAUUUUUCCCCGAACCGAGACAUUUAUACUGAUCCUUAUGUACGUCUUUAAUUUUGCUGUGAAACAUGGCGUGCGGUAGGAAAUUCUUUUUUUUAUUAAAGAAUCUCAAGGACAUAGAGGAUGUUCAAAAUAAUACAUAUUGGAAUGAAUUUUAUAUUGUAUGUUGGUUAACUAUUUUACCCCCCAAAAAAAUAUUAUAAAAAAAAAACAACUGUUUUACGAGAUUUAUUUCAAAUAAACUAUUUUAACCACAAAUUGAUCAGUGAUAUCAAAUUAAUAUACAGGGCCUGGUGUCAUUGCGAGAAGAGCUUGCGACCGCUGGGAGGUCAAUAUUCGGAUCGUUAUAUGAAGAAUUCGUUAAAUAGGAAUGACAAACAGGAUGUCGAUACUAGUGCCAUUAGUAUUUUUCAGUUGAAUAAUAUUAUUAAAGAGAUAUACCUAUUUAUUUAAAUUUAUAUACACAAUUAAAAAAAAAAUUACAUCAAUUAUUGCAGUAGCUAGUGCGAAAAGUGCAAUUAUAAUGUAAAAAAAAAAUAAUUUAAAAAAUCCAGAAAACUCUCAGUGAAAAAUAUUGUAACACUCUCGUGUGGUUACUCUCGUAAUUCUCCUGAACACAAUCGGCAUAAGUAUGUUUUUUUUAAGGGAAUUAUAACCCUACAGAACAUAAUGUGUACAAAUAAUGCAAUCGCCAUGGAGUACUUCUAAGUCGGUUCUGUAUGCUCUUGACCCUCCUAGUAACGGUCCGGUAAAGAAGUGACAGAGUUAAUUGUUGACAUCAAAAACCAUAGGUGAGGUAAAUUAGCAAGCAAAUGCUCUUCUCGGAACAAAAAGCAGGUCGACACGCAGUCUAUAAUCAAUGUUUAUUUCUAUUUUAUUAACUUUUUAGAGUUAGACCCAAGGAAAAUGAAAGUUCUAAUUAGGAACGAAAUUUUUUUUGUUUCAUAUAUAUUUUUUAAACAAAAAAAAACGAAUGAAGCUUUUCAAAAUAACACUUACAUGAUACUAAUAGUUCGUCUAGAUUUUCCCCUACCACACAUUUUUUUUUUAGUAGUAAAUAUUUCUGUGUCUUAUUCUUUCACAGACCCCAACUUGAUUGAUAACAAUCAUCGAAUCGUCACUUUUAACACGAAGGAUCAUGACAACCGAACGGAGCAGGUCCACGGAGUUGAGAUAUUUGAAGAUAGAAUUAAAAUCGUCUAUUCAGGUACUGGAAGCAACAGGCAAGGUGUAAAUCUCGAUAUAAGUAUUAUUUGGGUAUCAUUGCCAUGUCAUAGCCAAGAAUGGAAGUAUGUGAAUGCACUUAUUUGGUGUAACAAUGCCGAUGUUUACAGACUCUGAAGAUGGCCACUACUGAUGGAACCCAAGUGCCCCCUUCCCCCUUUUUUUUUCAACAGCCAAGCUUUUAAUGGCUUCACACAAUUUCAAAGAUUACAGAAUUGUUGUUUUUUUUCAAUUUCCCGUGGAUUCACUCACGUAACUCGUGUGUGUAUUGAUAUAACACAAGGUCGUUUAAAAAAAAAGGAAAUAUUUGUUCGUUUGUUAAAACCCUUUGAAGUAUAAUUUGAAUGCUGAGUUCAUAAUUUAACUAUACAUGUGGGGUCCUGCACACACACUCCAAUUGUAAUAUUCAUUGACAAAGUUUUAUGAAGGUUUAAAAGGGUGUAACACGAAUUCCAUUAUUUCAAAAGAAUACAUUAAAUGCCAAAUUUCAAGUCAAUUACAUUAUUGGGGUUUGGAAUAUAAGUACACUUCAUAUGAAUUAUUGCCAUCUUUAGGGGGGUGUAAUUUCUACCAAAAAAAUCCGCCCUGAUAUGCUAAGUCAAACCAGCAAAGCACUUUUAAUAUUUAGUAUGGCUUGGUUAAACGGUUAGUUCUGUGCGUCGACAGGUUAUUAAUGUCACAUCACUUUACAACCAAUCACAUGUCUGAGAGAUCUAUUCAAUUUGAUACAAGUAGCGAAUGGGGGGGGGGGGGUUAUUACUGUUUGCUUCCUUUUAUCAGAACAACAACAAAAUAUAACACUUUUUUUUCUAACAUUCAUUGGACGAAUUAUUAUUAUUCGAAUUCGUAAUAGAAAACAAAGAGUUGAAAGGCCUGUCUUGUUACUGUGAUUUAGAUUUUCGAAUAUUUUUCUGGGGUUUGCCCAUUUGAGGAAAGUUAGAACGAUUUCAUAUAUAGGUAUAAAGAGGGAGAGGGGGGCGAGGGAAUAAGACAAAGAGGAAAUGAAAAGCGUAGUGGAGAGAGAGAGGAAAAUUUGGUAGACACGCAAUGAAAAAAAAGGGAGUAGGAGAAAUAGAGAUAGAAAUGGAGAAAGUGGAAGAGAUUGAGAGAGAGAGAGAGAGAGAGAGAGAGAGAGAGAGAGAGAGACAUACAGUGAAUGCUAGAUAGAAAGACUUGAGAAAUUUUGUUAAAAUAAAAUUUAAAAAAACUUGACAAAAUUCAAUGCUGAGUAAGUGUUGGCGCUGGUUACCCAUUUACGAUGAUUUAGCUGAGAUGACGUCACAAACAGAUGGUCUCUUUUUCAAGCUGUGUAUCUUUAUGAUUAAUUUUUAUUUCCACAGACAUUGUCUGACUCCUUCGUCCCCGAUACUCCGAGGUUAAAUUUUAAAGUGAUUCCCAACGUUAAGUUAAAAAAAAAAAAGACUCCAGGCCUGUGCUCUAAUAUUUGAUAGUAAGAUGUAUUGAUAUGUAACAGUGUAUACAGUAUUCCAUUAUAUGCUUUGAUAGUUUUCAUUGAACAAACACAUUUACCUGUAAAGUAUAUUAAUACCAAAAUAUCCAUUCAAGGUUUUUACUACAUAUACAGUAGUGUCCAUUUUCGACCAAGCAGAGCUGAGUCCAGAACAGACCAUCAUAACAAGGUAGAUUCCAUGAUAUGUUCUAUGUUUAGUAAACAAAAUGUAAUGGUUAACUUAAAUGUAUGAUUAUUACAUCUUAAUUUAUCGUACAAAAUAUAAAAAAACGUAAACACUUUUAAUUAAAAUUAAUUGAUUAAAUUUGCUUAAUUAAUUAUAUAAAUAUUAUAAGAUCCAAAUAAAAAAUCAAAUAUGUAUUUAUCGAUUUGUAGCAGCUUCUGUUAUAGGUUUUAAAUGAUUUCUUUCCAUUUUAAAACAUAUUUCCAUCACUUUUGGCUGUUAAUAUUUGAUUACAUCUUGAUUUUUUUAUAUUUUGUUUUGUGUUACGUCUCAGGGUAUGCUUCAUGUCAUGCUGACUGAGGCUUUUUUUUCUCUUUUUCUCUGGAUUCCUAUUCUCUACGUAAUUCUUUAGUAUUUGCUAAAGGUUCAUAGAAAAUAGCUAAGCCCUCAAGAUUGUCUUUACCGAAAUGUAUUUGGUGUUUGUAAGUGCGAAUUGCUCCAAUACUUUUUGAAAAAAAAAAUUAUUGGUGAUAUCUUUACCUGGCAAUUUUUUACUUUUGUUUAAUUUAGAAAUUUUUUUUUUGGUGGGGGGGGGGGGCGGGGAGGGGGGGGGGAGAGUAAAAAUUUAGCAAUCACGCCGUCCUGAAAAUCUAUUUGGUUUUUAUUUUUUAAUUUUAUUUUAUUUUUUUUUUUUUUUUUUGUCAUUAUUCUGUUAGUGUGAAGUUUAACGAUUUUCUUUCGAUUCAUUGUGAAAAAUCAUUAUUUAAGUAAAAGUAUCCUUUUAAGGCUAUUGCAGGCUCUUCCUUUCCUACCUCGCACACCCCCCCCCCCUAUCCCCUCUUACGGCAUUGUGGGUUUUGUUACGUCGGCACAAUGCUACGUUCCAAGCCGCCACGUGUAUAACAAAAAUAUCUGUGAUAAACAUUUCCAUCAACCAUUUCAUUUCCUAGUUGUGGUACAUGUCCGUUCACAAGGAAAGACUCAACCACCCCAAGCACUCAGGCCAGAUUCUGAAAGCCAUUUACACAUGUGACCUGUUGUGUUCACAAGGACAGCAUAGUUCCUACACUGGUUCGUAACUUUGCCUACUAAUUGGUCGUCGUUCUUAUAUUAAGAAAUAAUUUACUUUUUUAGUUUAUAUAUAUAUAUAAAUUCAUAAAUAGUAUAAAUAAAAGUUAAUCAGAGAGACCCAACCUCUCUGAAGAAGGGGGAAACUUUUCAUCAAUUUUAUUAAACGAUUCUUUUGUAAUAGAUUGAAAUGGGUCAAAAUAAUCCAGAUUACAUAAUCAGACAUGCAAUUAAAAUAAAUGAUUAAGAUCAAGGAUAUUUGAUUAAUUACACAAAAAAAUUAAUCCGAAUUUUUGUAAAAUAAAAUACUAUUACUUUUAAUUUACUCCAAAGAAUUCAACGCUAUUUAAACUAUUUCUUAAAUAUUAAUUAUGGUUCUUCAUUUCGUGCUACUUUUGAGUUUGGCACGUUUGGAAAACGUUAAUGUAAAACAAACUUCAUCCCAUUUUAAAUAGAAUUAUGUUUAUAUACUUGAUGCUAUUAUUUGAUACAUACUAGCACUAUUGUUUUUAUAUCUUUUAACAAAGGUUUUUAUAUCUUUAGCAUUUUUCUUAUUAUUUUAAAUUUAAACUCCACAUAGGAGGAGUUUUUCACCUCGGAGCUGGAGAUACCCUGCAGGUGUGCUUGUCUACUCUGGGAAUUGUGGAAUUUAGGCAGGAAUCAACAUUUUUUGGUUUAUUUCUUCUUUCCGUUGAGGAAAAAUAUUGAUUUUAAGAUAUUAAAUAAAGAAUUUGAAAACGUCAUAUAUUUAUUUUUUUUCAACUUAAAUUUUAUAUUAACAC